GGUCAGGAACUUGCUGUUGGUGUCAGUUAUAACAGAUUUUACCACAACAGAAAUUUUACCUGCUGUCAUCCUUUUACACAAGGAAAGGUUUAAUGGUGAUAUGUGUCUUCCCUUCUUUUAUCUUUUUGACUGAAAAUCUGAGAAUGAGAAAGAUUGUCUUUGUCGGUGUUUUUAUCUUAUUCUGCCUAUUAUGUGAUGUUGGAGGUGUGAUAUGCAGAUCAUGCAACCUCUCAGUCCCCUUCCAUGGAUGUCUUUUAGACUUUGGAACGUGCAGAACAAAGCCUGGUCAGUACUGUAUUAAAGAGGUCCACACCAAAGGUGGUAUUCAAUGGUUUACAAUUAAAGGCUGCACAGAGAACAUUUCGGAGUGCUUCCAGAGAACUGUGACUGCUUAUGAAGCUCACACUACUCACUGCUGCCACCGCCCUUUGUGCAAUUUCUGAGGAAAUGGUUCAUAUGCAAAAUACUUGGCUGAUCAAAACUUGACCCGGUUAUGGCAAAACGGCAGAUUCCAUCAAUUAGCCCUCUUCAAAACUCUUAGAAGCUUGCAGGUCAUAGUCGGGUUAUGGUCUUAAAUUAACUUUGGUUUUCAAAGAGCCCAACUCGCCACCCACCACCUCCAAGUCACCUCAGAAACAUCCUUGCCAAUGCCUUCUUUCUCUUCUACUUAGCUCCUCUGCUCAACACAGAUGAUUUCAAUAUUACCAAGAAGUGAAAAUUAUACUCUCCAAGUGGAAUGAUGCACAUCAUCUCUAAUUAGCUUAUUACCCUAAGUAUUUCCAUGUUCCAAAAUAUAGUUACAAAUGAAUUGUAUCACAAGAUACCAGUGACAUGAGAGUGUUCAUUUGGUUUCUAGAAUAAACUGACUUGUUAUUCUGGGCUGA